AUCAGUUCCGUUUCUUGUAUGCGAAGCUGGGCAUUUUUGUUUUUUAACGCCAAAACAUGGCAAGUUUGGCUUCGAAGAAAGAAAUGGAAUUACGAAAUGCAGCCCAAGCUCGAGGCGAAACAUUUGAUAUGACAAAUGUGAAGGAGAAACUGGUAGAGGCUGAAAGACCUGCAAUAUCUGAGUUUCAAAGUAGCCUUUUUGCUGACGCUGAUGUUGCAAAGAGGAUAGCGAAUGCCUUGGAUACAAAAAAUACCGCAAACUUUGUGACAUUAAUUCAACAUUGUUCAGGAGUGGUCUUAACCUCAGGCAUAGGAAAGUCUGGUAUUGUGGCUGAACGUCUGUCAGCCUCGCUUGCAUCAACUGGCACCCCAUCACAUUACGUCCAUGCCGCAGAGUGGACACAUGGGGACCUGGGUCGGGCUCGUAAUGGGGAUGUUGCAGUGUUUCUGUCCCACAGUGGUAAUACAAAGGAGUGUGUAGCUGCCGCUCAAUUGUUGAAGGAACGUGGGAUUACUGUUCUUUCGAUUGUCGGAAAAUAUGAUUGUGGUCUUAGAGCAUGGUCAGAUGCUUUGAUUAAUUAUGGAGUGGCAGGGACGAUUGAAGAUUCCAUUGGUGGUGCUCCUACCAGGAGUAUUGUUGUUCAGGAGAUGAUUGUGAAUGCGAUCGAAUGUGAGUUAAUGGCGAGGAGAAAGUUCACAAAGAGCGAUUUCUUACAAAACCAUCCUGGUGGAGCGCUUGGGAAGAAACUACAACUGGAAAAAAUUGAAAAGGAAUGAUUGAGAAAACUAAUGACGUAUAGUACUGUGUAAAUAUUUCCUCGUGGAUAUAAUUGCACAACCUAGACGAAGUCGCGUUAGUAAGAGGUUGAGGUAGUGAGGCUAAUGCCUAAAUGCGGCCAAGUUGGUGUGACACUGUUAAUGACUUAAAUGUAAAGCUAACAUCCUUACAUAUUUCACAUAUUCCCUGGAUUAAAAUCUGAU